UACUGCCUAUUUUCUGUGUUCUCCUUAGUCUCUGGGAAGUGCAGUGUGAAGUGCCUGCUCAAUUGCUUGUCUUCAUGAUAAGAUUUUAUAUGAGAUUAACUAGCUAGUUGAUAUAAAAAAAUCCUCUGUUUUUUCUUCUGCACUUCUUCUUUUCGUUUCCAAAUACAACAUGGAAAAUACCAUUGGAAUGAAUUUGGAGAGAAACAAGGAGAUCAUCAAUGAGCUAACACGGGGCAGAGAUUGUGCAGUCCAGCUGCAAGGCUUGAUUGAAGAAUCAUCAUCACCAGAUACCUGUGAGCUGCUACUGCUCAAGAAGAUCAUCUCUUCUUGUGAUAAGGCAAUUAUAAGACUUCUCAGUUUCAACCUUUUCUUUGGACUGCCUGAUUCCAUGGAUACUUCCUCUCCUCCUCUUCUGGGUAACAACUCCCCUGUUAGUGAACUCUCUGAUGCAGAUUCUUCAAAACAGAAUUGCAGACUGGGCUUUUCCAAGAAAAGGAAAACUUCUCCACAGGCUACAGAAAGUGUCCGUGUUUGCUCAGCCACUGGUUUAGGAGGCGCCCUUGAUGAUGGUCAUAGCUGGAGAAAAUACGGCCAGAAAGACAUUUUGGGGGCAACCCACCCUAGGGCAUAUUACAGGUGCACUCAUCGCUUCACAAAAGGUUGUUUGGCUACAAAGCAUGUUCAAAGGUCUGAUGAAGACCCUUCUGUUUUUGAGGUCAAAUACAAAGGAAUGCACACUUGUAUUGACUCUUAUCCGUCAUUGAUACAAAACCCUCAGUUCAAGCUCCAAGAAUCAGAGGAAAACCAUGACUUGAUUCUCAACUCUGGACUAGACCAAACACUUGACAUUGCAAGUGACAUAUUUCCUCAUUUCUCUUUCCCUCCGUCUCUGAACGAACACGACGAGAUCACGGAGAAAGAAAACAGACUCGUUGGGCCGUGUUACCCGCCACCUUUCGCCUCUCCGACAUUCUCGGAGGAGUUGAUGGACUUGUCAUUUUUACUCGAUCAACAUAAGGAUGACUUUGGGCUUGGACAAAUUAUGGACGAGUCAGAAUCAGAUAAUCUUAUGAUCCCAACUCCAUCUUCUGUUACGAACUCCCCAUUCUUUGAUGGGGAUACAUUUGAUGCAAUUGAGUUCUUGGAGAACUUCUCGUGAUUUUUUUAAUGUUCUGAAUAGGUUGUCUAUAAAAUUCAAUAUGUUUGACGGGAUCAAAUAAGUGGGCAGAUUGUUGUCCACAACAAGGGAACCAUCUAUUUUUCUUUCAAAUGUAUAAUUCGUUGUAGUUUUGGUUUUGCAAUAUAUUAAAAAGAAUCAAUAAAUAUAGUCAUGUUCAUA